AUGGACAAAAGCUUAGCACCUUUUCACCGAAAUCGAGUGAGAUUGCCUCGGCAACAGCGUCAGCAUGAACGUUCCAGUAAAGCCAAUCGACAGCUGGUUGAGAUGAAUCCGCCGUCGUCUUCCGGUGGAAUCGACCUUCGAAUCCCUUCACGUGACACGUUCACUCGAAAUGGAAAACCGGACCAUUCACUUGGUACAUACCCAAACAUCUUGCCGGUUUCGUCAGUAAGAGGCGCCAGUGUAAGCACAGAAGUACCUCUCACUGACGAUGUCGGCGAGACGUUUGGGUAUGUACCACGAAUUCCAGGUCAGCCGACACACGACUAG